AGAGAGAGAGAGAGAGAGAGAAUUAUGAUCUCCUGCAGUGAAUAUCAGGUUAGAUUAGAAUAGAACAUCUUAGACGAACAUGAUCAGAAUAGGAGCAUAAAAUAAGGGACAAGAAAGAGAAGACCCAUUUGGGUUCACAUUUCCAAAUCAAUUAAAAAUGCAUUAGUUUUCUCUGAGGGAAUUAAAUGAGCAUUGGAGUUGAUGCACUGGUUCCCUCAUAAGUCAAAAAAUAUGGUGAAAUCACAUAAUAGCAAAGUCUGCUCCUUUAACUUUUUUUAUCCUUUCUUUUUGAAUUAUCUCUCAUAUUAUGAAAUAUGAAUUCAUUUUUGAGGUAGCUGGUUCCGGCAUGUUACAGUAAAAAAAGGAAAUUAACUUGAAACUGUAGUCUCCAGCCAAGGGCCAAGCUCUUUUUGUAUUCCGCACCUCCCAUGACAGAGUACUAAGCUUAAAUUAUGGGGAUUCUUCAUUGGGCCUUGGAUUUGUCUGUUGUAGCAGAUGAGUUUCUUGCUAUAUCAUCAGACAGUUCAAGAUUAAAGGAGCAACCUUGGUGAGUUCUGUCCUGUUCAAUUUUUUUUCUUUUUUCCUUGACAAAUCAUGGACUGGGUUUCCCUUCAAAAUAAUGAAAGUACCAAUUUUUCUCCUUCACAGCAACCAUAUUUUCUUUCUCAGCCACCUCCACAACCAAAUCUUGAUUCUGAUGGUUUUAACCUGAAUAACAAAAUUAGUCCCAGUGUAUUUAUUAUCAUCAUAAUUCUUGCUAUUAUUUUCUUUGUUUCUGGCUUGCUUCAUCUUCUAGUUAGAUUUCUUUUAAGACCACCUAAUAGAGAUCCAGAUAAUUUGGAGAAUGUGACUGCUUUUCAAGGGCAAUUGCAGCAACUCUUUCACCUCCAUGAUGCUGGUGUUGACCAGUCAUUUAUAGAUACCCUCCCUGUGUUCCAUUAUAAAGCCAUUAUUGGAUUGAAGAACCCUUUUGAUUGUGCUGUUUGUUUGUGUGAAUUUGAGCCUGAGGAUGAGCUUAGAUUGCUUCCAAAAUGUUGCCAUGCCUUUCACAUGGAGUGUAUAGACACUUGGUUAUUAUCUCACUCCACUUGCCCUCUCUGUAGAAGUUGCUUGCUGCCUGAUUUCUCUCGAAACAAUAGUUGCUCUCCCAUUGUUUUUGUCCUUGAAUCUGGUAGUGAGAGCUCAAGGGAGAUUUUCACUGAUAGGGAGAACAAUAUUGGCAGAACCAAUUCAGUUUUAACCACAAAUUCCCAUCUGGGUUUGCAAGGAGACAAUGAUUUGGGAUCGUCAAGAAUUGAUAUUUCACACAAGUCAUGUGAAAUUGUGACAAAAGAUGAUUCUGGCCCAAAAAUUGUCGUGGAUUCAAGGGAGAAAGUUGUUCCCGUUAAGCUAGGAAAGUUUAAGAAUGUGGAUAUUGGUGAAGGAAGUAGCAAUAACAGUAAUGUUGAUGAAAGGAGGUGUUUUUCUAUGGGUUCAUUUGAGUAUAUAAUGGAUGAGAAUUGUUCAUUACAAGUUGCUGUAAGUACUCCAAUGAAGAAACAAUCAAGCAAGAAACCUCCUUUGCCAUUAACUCCUGGCCACAGGCCAGCAAUGUCUGAAUGUGUUUUCGAAUCAAGAAGCGAAUUCCAUGGCUUUGAAGGCAUUAAAAGUUUUGAAGCUAAUAUUAUUGAAACCAGCAAUGGAAAUUCCAUUGGCAGAAGCAAAAGAGAGAGCUUUUCUAUAUCCAAGAUUUGGCUUAGAGGUGAAAAGGGGAAGCAGAAAUCAACUGGGGAUUAUUCAAGGAGGGCCUUUUCCUUUAGAUUUCCAGUGAACAAAAAUGUUGUCACUGAUAGUGAUCUCAAGGUGAAGAAUAGGAAUAAUUGUGCAAAGAGAACUAAUUCUGAGAUUGGAAUUGGAAGAUGGGAAAAUGAAAGUAGUGGAUUGGGUUUUGAUGAGGAGAAUCAGAGCUGUAAUGCAAAAACUCCUUCAUUUGCUAGGAGGACCCUGCUUUGGCUUGUUGGGAAACAAAAGAAGGUUAUUCACUCAACCUUUACACCUAAUGGCUAGUUUCUUGGAUUCUUUUUUUUUUUUUUUCCUGGGAAAAUUUCCUUCUAUUCCAUAAUUAUGAGUAUGGCAGAAUUUGAAAGUCUCUAGUUUAAUUGGAAAGGAAAGCAGUAAUCAAGAAAAGCAGAGAAUUGAUUAUUUAUUAUUGUUGCUUUUCUUUCUGUCCUUUUUAAAGUCAA